ACAUGUGUAUUUUAAUUAGUUCGUGCAUUUGUACUGUAGUUUAAAUGUGGCUUUAUAACUUUUACCUUUUGCCUUUGGUAAUUAUAACAUUCUUGAUAAACUGUUAUUGCGUAGAAAACAAAGAACCAAAAAAAGAAUUGUAUGGAAACAUUUACUUAGCAAAAAAUGUACCUCAUACUCAAAUAAAAAAAAAGUUUUUAGAUAUUAUUAAUUCCGUUCUACAUGCUAUGGAAUCUACAAGAAAACUAAAUUCCAACGGAAAAAACAUUGAACUAAAAGGCACCAUAGUUAUUCUCGAAAAUAUUGAAAACGAUAAAUACGAAACUCGUAGUGAAGAAAAGACCAUAACUUCUAACUUUGUAUUAAACAAUCAAAAUAAAAAAAUAGAAAAAUUAAAAUAUUUGUUAGGCUUUGGAAAAGAUCAUCGUAAAAUUCUUAUGUUAAUAAUGGACAACAGAAAAGAGAGGGAAACUCUUGCGAGAGAUGGCCUCAGUAUUGAAGAUUCUUCUUUUGAAACAAGAAACUUGCCAAAGGACAAUAAAAAACGCAAUGAAACUAGAGAUACGUAUGCUAAUUAUUGUAUGAAACUUGCCGUGAGAAAGUGCUAUAAGGCAUUAGUAGCAGUCAAUAGAAAUGUGUGCAAAUCGCGUUAUAGGUGUAGUUCAAGUUUCCAGUCCACCUUUAAGAAGAACUCUAAAGUGGGUUGCAUCAGAAAUUUUGAUUACAGCAAAGUAAUAAUAAUAAAUACUAAAAAUAAGAAAAAACGUACAUCAGCCAAAUUUAAAGAUGCUACGAGAGAAGGAUAUCUAGAUGCCUGUAUUCCUUAUAUGGUGCCAAAUUAUCAGAAAAAACACAGCGCGAUUACUCAGCGUAAUAAUACACUUACGAAUUAUAUAGCAAACAUGUUACGCAAAAGAAGCGUGUCUGAGAGGAAGUGCCAAAGCUUGUCCCGCGCCAGGUGCGUCACGGCUUGCUUUUACGCAUUGAAAGAGAGCUGUGCUACACAUGAAUGCCCUAGAAGAAGAAGGACGUCUUACAAUAAAGCCUGUAAAGAUGAAUGCAGAAGAGCUUAUCGAGUCAGAAGAUCAGAUAGAAGUGACAGCAGCAGCAACAGUGAUAGUAGUUAUUGACGAAGCUUUUUUCCUUUAUAUUGAAUAAAAUAAAAAGGAAUUUG